AUGGAUCUUGAAAAUUUAUCAUCACUUCCAAAUGCUCAUCAACAAAUUCGUUUAGCUGAUAGUCAAGUAUCAAUACAAAAAUGGACAGUAGCUAUUGAAUAUUAUUUACGUGCAAUCGAAUAUUUCAAAGCAACACAAAAUACUCUACAAGAUAAUAGUCUGAUAUCAAUUAUUCAAGCACAAAUAGUACAAUGUGAAAAAAUGAUUCAUUUUUGCCGCUUGAAAGAUCGUUCUGAACAGGCAAUCAAAGCUCAACGUCAUUCAACAAUAACUCGUGCUCAUUCAACAUCGAAUGCAAAACCAUCAACAAAAAUUAAUCGAAUAAUGUCACGACAUCAUACACUAGAAUUAGAGAAUGUUGUAUUAUUAGGUGAUCAUGGUGGUGUAGAUUCAUUUGCAGCACUUAUAUUUCCAAAUGAUAAUUCUGAAAAUUCAAAGAAUUUAUCGUCAAUAACAGCAAAGAAAAAUAAAAAAGAUGAUUCACAAAAAAUAGAAGAAUUACAAACGAGUUAUGAAGCAUUAAAAUCUCAUCUUAAAGCAGCUUUUGAUGAUAUUGAAAGAUUAAAAAAUGAAAAUAAUGAAUUAUGUAUGCAAAAAGAAAUCAAUAGUUCACAACAACAAAUUGAGUUCGGAAUAUUAUCAACUAGUCAUGAAAAUAAGGAUAAAGACGAGUCAGAAAACGAACUUGAAGUUACCCUAUGA